CCAUUGCCAGGCUAUGUCAUCCUAUGUCAGCGCCCCUCUCGUACGCGUGCGACGCUCGUAGCCCUAGCGCGAGCGAGAUGUCGAGAUAUCUACGACUAUCGCGCAGAAGAGAACCGCGCCGGUAGCGUUCAACACGGCAUCACCGUAAGUUUAGGCUCCUAACUCCUGACAGCACCCUCCCCCAAAGAUGGCCCCCUCAAGCACCGAGCCCGAGAUACAACGAACCGUGAUCGCAGGGAACGAGGGUGACAAGCCGUGUGUGCACCCGUGCAACGCCGCUGUGUUCGGAAUACGUACAAAACCUCGCCCGCGCCGCGCCCACACACAGUUCGCGAAUCGGGGACGCGCGAGCGCGGCAGCAAGCGCUGCUGCGCCCAUCCCACUGUCCCACAAUAUCGUCCGAAGCCCGUCGUGUCGAUGUGCCUGAUCGGUUUCCAAGGACGCGUACGGCCGUGGGCAAGCAUCAACUGUCGGACUCAGACUGCGUUCUUGCCGUUCCAGAGCUCGAGCCGCACGUCGUGCAGUUGGCAGCCCAGU